AUGACUGGGAAUUUUCGGCUCCUAGCGCUGAGAAUAGCCCCGUCACCCAAAGGAGAGGAGGCGAAAAGACUCCUGCGGGCAAAGCUGGUCUUGGCCUGUACUAAGGUGAAAGAGCAGGAAGAAGGAUUUGUGGACCUAGUGGCAGAAAGUCAACAAGAAGGGGGCAUUGAUGAGGCUUUUCUGCCUGACAACUUGGCGUACGAACAACGUGACAGGGAGAAGAAUGAGAAUUGUAGGGAACUGCAGAUGGUGCCACUGGUAAUAACCAAGUGUGAGAGUCAAAAAGAGAUGUUUGAAAAUCACGGGGGACCAAAAAAGUUUGAAAGAAAUCAGGCAAAGAAUGGGAACAAGAAAUCCUCUACUUUUCAUAUUUUUAAUCAAAGAACAAACAUUGGAGAGAAACCAUUUAAAUGCAUGGAGUGUGGAAAGCGCUUCAGUGUAAGCACUAAUCUUACGAGGCAUCACAGAACCCACACAGGAGACAAACCAUUUAAAUGCAGGGAGUGUGGAAAGUGCUUCAAUCAAAAUGGUCAGCUUACUUCACAUGAAAGAACCCACACAGGAGAGAAACCAUUUAAAUGCAGGGAGUGUGGAAAGCGCUUCAGUCAGAAUCAUGACCUUACAAUACAUGAAAGAACCCACACAGGGGAGAAACCAUUUAAAUGCAGGGAGUGUGGAAAGCGCUUCAGUCAAAAUAGACACCUUGUAUUACAUCACAGAACCCACACAGGGGAGAAACCAUUUAAAUGCAGGGAAUGUGGAAAGAGCUUUAGUCAAAGCAGUAGC